AUGCAAAUGGUCAAGGAUGUUCUAGCCAACAGUGAUAAAGUUUCAGAGGUCCUACAAGAGUCUACUCAUCAGUUCAACCUGCUUACUUCACCCACCUUCCUACCAAAGCAUCAAUCUGAUCUCUCUCUCCAUGGCAGAGAAGCUAGGCAUUGCUGGACCUUGCAGCGCCCUACUACUUCAAUCAUGUUUGGAGAUGCAACUUCUAAGUCUCCUCUUGGAGUGUUCAAGAACUAUCACUUGAAAAUUGGAGAAUGCAUCAUCCAAACUGAUCUCACUGUGAUGGAAAUGGAAGAAGAGAAGGAUCUACCUCUGUUAUUGGGAACCCCAUUCCUUAGUACAGUUGGCGCUUCAAUAGACUUUCACAAGCAAGAAGUGAUCCUUCACAAGGUUGUGAAGGAAAGGGUUGACAAAGAACCAAGAGUUGGGAAGGAUAAGGAUGAGAGAGGACCAAGGAUUGAGAAGCCACGUCUUGAGAGGGCUAGAGUUGAGAAACCACGUUCUGAGAGACCACGAGCUGAUAGACUUGUUCAAGCCCCUUGUGUGCUUGAUGAAGAAAGCCUUCAAGCUUUGUUUGAUGAGCCACUAGGAAGGGCUCUAAAAGAAGGGGAGGAUGUAGCCUCUAAGGCAAGACCAGGGAUAAAAGAAAAGAUCCACCAGCUCAGGCCCCUUCAUUCAAGCCAUCUCAGCUCACAAUGA